GUCGGAGCCAUAUACAACACUGGAAAUAGCCCUGAAAAUACAGAAUCAGCACCCAUUUGGAGCAGCACCCUCACUCAACUUAUCUUAUUUUCAAGCGUUGUUCAUAUUCCGACGAUUCCAUCUCUUGACGCAAUGUGUACUUUAGUCUCUGGAUUACCCUCCCUCCUCAAGUUGGCUGUCCCCGACGAUAUAUUAUCCACAGUAAAAAAUGCACUUUCUGAACGUGGCGUUUCCCAUGAAUCGAACGAAAGGGUGCCUCAGGUUGUUGGAUAUCUUCCUGCUAGACUGGCGUAUUAUCUUGAACGUGGCAUUCCUUAUACUGAUAACCAAGGCGGCCAGAGUACAUAGCUCGCCCGGGUAAAGUAGGUUCUAUAAUAAAUACUACAUCGUUUAAAUAUAUUCUUACCCUU